AUGACGGCGGCCGGCGCGCGGCUCCCGCCGGACAGAGUCCGCGACCUGUUCGCGGGCAUCUCCGAGGACGACGACGACGACGACGAGGACGCGAUGCAGGACAAGCUCAUCCCGCGGCCCAGCCGCCGGGGACAGGCCUCGGCGGGCUUCGGCGCUUCCUCCGCGGGCUGCCGGAGCAGCAGCAGCGACAGCAGUGGCGGAGGCGGCGGCGGAGGCGGAGGCGGCGGUGGAGGCGGCGGAAGCACGGGAGCGCGGAGGCGGCAGCCGCCGCCCCCGCCGCCGCAGUCGCAGGCGCAAUUCCAGCACCAGCGGCGGCGGUCGUUCCACCGCGCGGCCGACCUGUCGCCGCGCUACCAGCGCGCCGGCGAGUACUCUGGCCACCACGCGCCCGCCGUGUCGCCGCCCGCGCCGCCCCCGCGCCGGCGGGCGUGCUCGAUCGCGGUGGCGCGGCCUCCGCCCGAGCUGUCGCUGUCGCGGCUGCUGACGCCGACGCCGACGCCCGACUCGUCGCCGCCGCGCUCGCCGCCGCCCGCGCCGCCCAGCACGCUGCACCCCAACCUGGCGCGCUUCCUGCGCGCCGACUCUCCGCCGCCCAUGGGCUCUCGCCACGGGCCGCCCGCGCUGUGCCCGUCGCCCGGCGCCACCACGCCCGUCUCCUCGCGGCCCGUCAGCCCGCGGCCCUGCUCCUCCGGGGGCGGCAGCCCGGCCCACUUCCAGCAGCAGCACCACGGGGGAGGGGGCGGUGCCGGGCCCUACAGGGCCAGGACGUCCUCCAUGCCCGCCGUCCCCAGGCACCGCGUGAGUAUCCGCAACUCCAUCUCCCUCUACGCCCUGUGA